GCCGCCACAGACCUCGACAAGGAAACGAACCCUGCUUCGUUCUCCAUUCAUUCGCAGACCAAACAACAACACAAGUCCUCCUACAGGGUGCGAAGUACACAAUGUCUGAAAUGCAUUCCUGGACACGCGCAGCGUCGCCAAACAUCAAGUUUGAGGGCUCGCCCGCCGAGUCUCUCCUUUCGACCCCUGACGAGAUGUAUCCCUCUCUGUUCGGCGAGACCCCUGCGCCGACAUCAACGGUCAACCCUCUCGAGAUGAUGUCGCCGGAGUCCAUCUCUGACGACAACCAACACGACCUGACCAUGCUCGCCGGCCUCAAAGCGUUCGCGCAACCUUCUCUCAGUCAGUCCGCGGCCUCGGUCGACGGCACCCCUGAGCCCGAGAAGAAGCAGGUCAAGAAGAGGAAGUCAUGGGGUCAAGUACUUCCGGAGCCAAAGACCAACCUCCCUCCAAGGAAACGCGCCAAGACCGAAGACGAGAAGGAACAACGGCGGGUCGAGCGUGUCCUCCGCAACCGUCGCGCCGCCCAGUCGUCGCGUGAGCGGAAGCGCCUGGAGGUUGAGGGUCUUGAACAAAGAAACAAGGAGCUUGAGACGGCGCUCCUCCAAGCACAGCAAAUGAACCUCCGACUCAUCGAGGAGCUCCAGACGUUCCAAAGCACGGGCGGCGGCAGGACCUCGCCAUCAUUUGAAGGCCUCCGCCAACCCCCCGUCACAUUCUCACAGCAACUCUUCAACUCACAAGACGGCCCCACAAUGGGUAGCGCCGGUUCGCUGGAACAAAUGUUCCAGUCCAUCCCAUCCACCACCAACAAAACCGUGAACCCCGCAUCACUGUCCCCUUCCCUCAGCCCCGUCGCUGAAGAGGCGGACGAGGAGUGCGAACCGACAACAGCCGCUACUCCUGUUGCGGAUGCCCCUACCAUGGCCGAGGCCAAUGCUUCCCCCGACGCGACACAACAUCCUGCUGAGAUGUUGUGCCUGGACCUGCAGUGUCGGUCGGCGGAAGCACCACCCUCGGCGUGGCAACGGGCAUCGCAGCAACAACUACACCCAACACAAGCGUUCCUCCUCCAGCUCCAGUUCCUGCUAGCCUCCACCUCGGCGAUGCUUUCUGUAUGCCAGAGGCCCUUGACGCAGAUCGCUAUCUCAUUGAAAGCGGGCUUCUCUCUUCACCCAACUCAACCGAUUAUGAAUACGAUCAUCUGGCUAGUGACGACACCGCAUCGUUCCCAUUCGCGAACGACUUCGACAUCAACGAGUUCAUCACCGACAGCGAGCUCAACGGCGCGCCCAGCAACGAGCAGCAGCCGCAGCACCUCUACGGCAGCUCCGUCGCAGACUCGUCGCUCCUCAACCCUGAGACUCCGAACCCUUCGGAAGAUCCUUACCUGCAGCCCCACUCUGGCGCGUCCCUUGAUGGAUGCGACGAUGGCGGUCUUGCGGUUGGUGUCAACUGAGGGAUUCUCGGUCGACCGGGUUUCAGGAGCCGACCAGUCGGCGGCGGCAGCAGCUAACGGAGAGUCGCAGCAGCAGUUGCCCCGUCGCGGGCCAGUCAGUUGGCCGAACGAAGCCAAGCUCCCGUCGAAGGAGGUCCUGCUCACACUCUUGUGGGUCCUCAGAGUCGAAGAGCGGAGACUUCAAAUCCGCGAACAAGUCAAGACUUCGUCGAAACCCGGGGCGUCCGGUGUCCCCAAGACAACCCAGCCAGCAAUAAACAAGACAACCUACGUCUUGAACGUAUCAUCGCGUAAGCGAAGUGGGGAAGAAGAGAGUCGAGUCGCCUCCCUCAAGAGACGACGCUUUUAAUAAACGAUCUGUAUGAA